GGUGAURAAUCACUUAAGCAAGAGGCGUACACCCRKUUAGGAAUUACAUAUCAGAGGCUAGGAAUAUAUGASGAAGCYAUMAAGUGUUUUCAGAAGUGCUUAGACAUUGCCAUGGCAACAGGAGACAAAAAYGAGGUGAGCUUUUUCUACAAAAAAAUAGGAAGUCUCUAUGAGAAAACCCACMAGUUCCAGSAAGCUAUAUCUUGCCAUGAAAAAUUCCUAGAAGUUGUAUCAGAACCGAAUUCCAAAAAGGAGGAACUAAGUGCUAUUGCAAAGUUAGGCAUUUUACAUUUUUAUCUAGGGCAAUACCUCAAGUCAGUGGRAUACUCCCAAAAAGCUGUUGAAAUUGCUAAAGACUUAGUUGAGAGGAAAGAAGAAGGAGACGCUUAUGGAAACCUAGGAAACGCUUACCAGAAGUUAGGCAAGUACGAAGAAGCAGUCCAGUGUUUUGAAAAGUACUUGGGGUUUGCAAAGGAAGUAGGUAAGAAGGAAGUARAAAGAAUAAUAUACUGGAACUUAGGAUGUGCAUUCAAAAAGCUAUCAAAGCACCAAGAUGCCAUUGCCAAUCUUGAAGAAUUCCUCAAGAUGUCUAUUAGUAUGGGUGACAAGAAAGGAGAGAUGAUGGCAUAUGGUAACUUAGCAAACCCUUACGAAAAGUUAGGCAAAUAUGAUAAGCUGAUYGAAGUYUCAGAAAAAAGUUUAAAGAUUGCACAAGCAAUAAAARACAAAGAGGGAGAAGCAGUGGCUUGUCUGCAUUUGGGAGUUGCCUACCARACAUUAGGGGAGCUCCAUAAAGCCACCRAAUUUCAUGAAAAGAGUUUAAAGUUUGCCCAAGAAAUUGGUGACAAGAAGAUCGAGAGCCAUGCCCAUACAAACUUGGGGAACACCAAUCGAAUGUUAAGAGAGCAAAACAAGGCCACCACGCAUUAUGAGGAAAGCAUGAGGCUUAGCAGAGAGUUGAAAGAUAGAGAAGGAGAGAKUGAUUCCUUUUUGAAUCUAGGAGUUCUCUACGCAGGGUCAGGGAGGUACCAAGAAGCCAUGACAUGUUACCAAAAGAGCCUUGAUAUCUCUAUGGAAACAGGAAGCAAGCAUGGAGAAGGGACAGCCUAUGUGAACAUGGGAAGUGUUUGCUCAACAUYAGGCAAGUACCAUGAGGCAUAUGUUUACUUUGAAAAAGCUCUUGCUGUCUUCAAAGAUGUAGGAUACAGSAAACGAGAGGGGGAAGUGYACAGAAUCCUUGGGAAUUUUUACGCAAAUUUAGGAAUGUACAAGAAAUCUCUCGAAAAUCACCAAAGCAGUUUCGAUAUUGCUAAAGAGACUGGAGAUAAAAUGGGUCGAGAAAGUGCUUUGGGCAACAUGGCGUCUGCCCAUCAGAAACUAAAUAACUUCUCCGAGGCCUUGGAGAAGUACGAAGAGUGUCUGGAGAUUGCUCAAAAUGUCGGUGAUAAGAUCGGAGAAGGAAGGACAUUUGCUAACAUUGGGAGUCUUCACCAGUCRCAAUGUGAAUAUGACAAGGCCCUUGACUUCUAUAYGAAGAGUCUUAAAAUUGCCCWAGAAAUUGGUGACAAAAAAUCCCUUGCAAAUGCAUAUGGAAACCUAGGAGGCCUUUUUGUUUUGUUGGAAAAAUACGACGAAGCAAUUGAAUCUGGUGAAAGGAGCUUGCGCAUUGUUGAAGACACAGGAGAGAGAAGGAUCGAAGGAAAGGCUUACAAUAACCUUGGUUCAGCUUACCACCACAUAAGUAGCGAUACGAAUAAAGAUGCAAACACCCGUCAACAAGCAAAAGAAAAGGAGAUCUUCUACUUGCAAGAGGCUUUGAAGAUCUGGGAAUGGUUGUACGGCCAUCUAGGGGACAAGGAUGAAUUCAAGAUAUCCAUCGUUGAUACGUAUAUCAUCACCUACAAAAUGCUUACAGCAGUGCUGAUUGAAAACCAGGAAAUAGAAGAAGCUCUUCUGGUUUGUGAUAGAGGAAGAGCUCGUGCCCUAGGUGAUCUUUUGUACUCCAAGUACAGUAUGAACAAUGAAGAUGGCUCUGAGAACGCAUCCCACCUGGAAAAGACGGACAUAGAAAACGUUUGCUCUGCAAAUGUUUCCAUUGUGUCAUUUUCUUUCAAUAAGGGCAUUGUAGCAUGGGUCUUAGAGCAGCAAAAGGCGUUACAUUUCACUGAAUGUGAUAGUAAAAUGUUGAUUACUCAUGCUGAAGGUAAUAUCUCGCAAAAGAGUGGAAAAAUCGAGGACAAAGAUCUUCAGAAGAUUCUAUACCAGAUUAUCAACAGAGCGUAUGAGAGGAUGGAAAUCGAUGAGGAAGAGGAAGACAAAUCUAUGGAAUCACUCAGUGGCAAUACCAACAACUUGAAUGUUAAUAGUGCUGUUAAGGAAUCGUUGCCUGGGCCUUCAGAUAAAGAG